UGGAGGCCCCACCCUUUGUGUUACCUACCGCCCGUCAAUCAAAAUAUAAAAAAAUUGACAGUUUAUCACCUAUUUUUACGCGUAUACAAUCUUUUGAAUGUGCUGAUAAUGUCCGGUGGCUUGUGACUAUCAAGAUUCUUCGUUUCACGACAAGUCACGCAAUGACUGCCCCAGAAAAGCCGAUUAAAUCAGAAGAUAUGGCUGACGUGGACAGCAGUCAAAUGGACUUUCUGCAGCAGGUACAAGGCAGGGGUAACCAGGACACUCAGCCAUCAUCACCCCUCGACCUGCUAGCAACCACCUGCACUAAGGUUGGGUCACCGUCUUCAGAGGUGGACAGAGGUGCUGCAGCUGAAGUGACAUCAGAUCUCACUGGGACUGGUAGAUGGGAGGUCUUAACCCCCACGACAGCAGCAAAGGAUGAAUCUGGAAUGCUACAGAUCCAAAGUCAAGGAAUAUUAACAUCGAACGGACAGUAUGUUCUUCCUUUUCAGAACUUACAAAGUCAGCCAAUCUUUGUGACGUCGGGAACGGACGGCUCCGCCAAUUCAGUGCCUAACAUUCAGUACCAAGUAAUUCCUCAGAUUCAGACAGCCGAUGGACAGCUGAGCUUCUCCACUUCUGGAGUGGAAGGAGCGACUCUGACUCAGGAUGCCACGGGGCAGAUUCAGAUCAUGUCUGAUGGCAGUCUCACUGCAAACAUCCUUAAUAACAACCAGAACCUCAUAUCACAGACUGGUCAUGUCCAGCAGCUCCAGGGGGUUUCUCUUAGCAGCUCCACCUUCAACAACCACGGCCAGGUUGUUACAAAUGUGCCUAUGAGUUUGCCUGGGAACAUUACUUUUGUUCCUAUUAACAGUGUGGACUUGGACUCCCUCGGCCUCUCUGGUGCUCAGACUAUAGCAACAGGGAUCACUGCCGACGGCCAGCUUAUCAUGACGAGUCAGCCUAUGGACGGCUCAGAGGGUCUGGAGAAGACAGAUAAUCACCUCUCACAGACACUACAAGUUAAUGACUCAAAUGCAAAUCACGAGAUCUAUGUGCCAACGUCUUCCUCUCAGCUACACAUUCCAGGGAGCGAAUCAGGUCUGCUGACACAAGGCGCUUCAUUGUCAUCGGGGGUUACACAGCAAACCGAUUCGAGUUCUGGUCUCCAGGAGGGCUACAUCCAACAGAACCAGGAGCAGAGCAUCCAGGUGUCUGCAGCUCAGUCCAUCAUCCAGCUGCAGCAGGUUCCUAUUCAGACCUCCAACGGUCAGAUGGUCCAGUCCAUGGCCACAGGUGGGCAGAACAUGCAAAACGUGCAGCUGAUCAACCCAGGAACCUUCAUCAUCCAGGCCCAGACCGUCACGCCGUCGGGUCAGAUUCAGUGGCAGACGUUUCAGGUGCAGGGUGUGCAGAACCUGCAGAACCUCCAGCUGCCCACCACACCGCCCCAGCAGAUCACCCUGGCUCCGGUCCAGACUCUGUCCCUGGGAUCCAAUCAAGUCAGCAUCGGACAGGGUCAGAUUCCCAACCUGCAGACAGUGACGGUCAACACAAUGGCCCAACAAGAAGGAGACACGAUAAACGUUGGAGACAUUCAGAUAAAAGAAGAGCCGGACUCUGGAGAGUGGCAGCUGAGCAGCGACUCCACCCUGAACACCAGCGACCUGUCCCACCUCCACGUACGGCUGGUGGACGACGACGACCAGCUGGGGCAGGAGGGCAAGAGGCUGCGCCGAGUGGCCUGCACCUGCCCCAACUGUAAGGAGGCCGGGGGGAGAGGAUCAAGCACGGGGAAGAAGAAGCAGCACAUCUGCCACAUCGCUGGCUGUGGGAAAGUUUACGGGAAGACAUCGCACCUGCGAGCCCACCUGCGCUGGCAUUCAGGGGAGCGACCUUUCGUCUGCAGCUGGAUGUUCUGUGGGAAGAGGUUCACACGCAGCGACGAGCUGCAGAGACACAGGAGGACUCACACAGGAGAGAAGAAGUUUGUCUGCCCAGAAUGUUCCAAGCGUUUCAUGCGGAGCGACCACCUGGCGAAGCACAUUAAAACUCAUCAGAACAAAAAAGCCGUGAACUCUGGCAGCGCUGUGAUGGCCUCGAUGGAGUCUGCGGGGUCCUCAGACAGUAUCAUCACCACGGCAGGCGGGACCACCCUCAUCCUCACCAACAUCCAGCAGGGCUCCAGCGCCGCCCAGGACAUCCUGGCCAACGCAGAGAUCCCGCUGCAGCUCGUCACCACGGUAGCCGCCAGCGAAGUCAUGGAGUGACUUACACUCGGCUGAUGAACUUCUGAAACCUCUCUCAUACUGUAUACUCCUACCUGCAUUUCUAUUCAAGUUUUGAAGACAAAUUAUAAAUAUAUAUAUAUAUAUAUUUUACCACAGAAAUAGUCAGCCCAUGUCCAGCCCCGGUCUUUACUGAGGAGUGGAGGCUAAAAGAAGGUAGAGGUGAAAAAAGACUUUGCGGUAAACACACAAGGAAAUGCCUUAUUUUGUACUAUACUGUGUCGUUGGAAAAUGUAGGAUGCCAUUUUGUUUUGAAUCAACAUUUUUUGUUUGUGCUUUUCACGAAGAAAUUAUUGGUAAGUUGAGCAAUUUUCUCUUCGCCUUUUUUUUUGAUGGUAUAUUAUUAUGAUGUCCUUGGUAAGCAAGGUUUGUUCCAUCCUUUGAGCAAAGACUAAAUCUCACAACAGAGCUAAUUUUAUCCAGCUGAAGUAAUGUUAUUGCUUACGUCCAUGCAAAUAUAUUCAUGUUGUUGUUUUUUUUUAAUAUUAUGCAUAUAUUUUUCAGCGUCCUCUUGCUUACAGUCUGUUCGCAAAUUAGCGAGCCCUCCUUCCUCCAGUUUUUUGAGAAACUUUUGCUCACAUUUGCUACAUUUCGCAGGUGAAAAUCAAAACAAUCAACAUUUUGUACUGAAAUUCCUUUUAGCAUUUACUGUUGUUAUGAUACACGUUAUUUGCUUAUUAAAUAUUUUGACUGAACCAUUAUUUUAUAUUUGGUCUUUAUAAGGACGAUGCAUUUAUUAUUCUUACAGUCCAAAAUAUUUGAAAUGGCUCUACUAUAUGUCAUUUAAAUGUGUUUUUGUAAAACUUUUUUGGAUAACUUAAAAAAAAAAAAAAGAAUUGUAAUAUGAAGAAGAAAAGCCAUUUCUUUUGGUGGUAAUUGCCAAAUUUUACCACAAACUCAGGGUGACUUGUGACUGUGUGAAACAAUAAGAGUAAAUCACCCCCGCAGCUUCCAAUGCCACGCUAGUGACGUUGAUAGGAAAUGUUAUUUGAUGAUGGACCAAAAGCUGAGGUGAAUUAAGCUGUCACCAUGUUACCACUUCUCGUUGAAUUCUACCAUGUCAGUUUUUACGAUAAGGACAACCCCCGGUUCACGUUAUAGAAACAGCUUCGCAGAAUUCUCGUCGGUAUCUUGCUCCAUCCUGCAGUGGGAUACAUGUAGUGUAUUCCUGAAAGCGGUACUCUUUUUAACAGCACUAUUCUCAUCACGUUCAUCUUGUUGUUAAUCCUUUUUGUAUAAAAAAAAAUGUUUUGUAUACUUCCCAAGAAACUGUCCUUUAUAUCCACUGUCAGUAAAUGUACAACUGUCUUGGUGUUAAUACUUAUUCUUUAACUGUGUGUUGCAUUCACAUGUUAUUAUAUGUUUUUUAUUUUAACCUAUAUACCCCCCCCCCCCUUCCAACUGUUUGAAUACACAAGGAACAGUGAAUUCUGGUGGCAUAUUUGAUCGAUUUCUCUUUUCUUUUUGUCAAACAUAAUGCACGUGAUCAUUGUUGCUCUCGUGGCCUCUUCAGGAGAUUACCCCUUAACAGCGUCUUUAUAUUGUACUCAAAACUGAAGGUUUGUUCUCAGUCAAAAAUCUUCUGUAUAAAUAUGUCAAUAUAACAUCAAUAUAAACCUUUCUGU